AUGGCCUUCAUCUUACUUUAUGUUGACGACAUUUUGCUCAUCACCUCCUCAAAUGCAUUACCUGAUCAGUUUAUGGGAUUACUCUCUAAUGAGUUCGCAAUGAAAGAUUUGGGUCCGAUUAGUUACUUUCUUGGUGUAUCGGUCACCAAUUACCCCAAGUCGCUAUUUUUAUCUCAAGCAAAAUACGCCAUGGAAAUAAUAGAACGAGCAGGUCUAGCCGAUUGUAACCUGGCUGCAACCCCGGUGGACACUCAACAAAAACUUAGCAGGAAUUCUGGUACUCCUGUGGCUGACAUCACCGAGUAUCGCCGGCUGGUGGGCGCCUUACAAUACAUCACCUUCACGCGACCUGACAUUUCUUACGCCGUUCAGCAAGCAAGUGUGUAUGCAUAUGCACACCCCAACCACAACAUACAUGCAUGCUCUAAAACGUAUAGUUCGGUAUGUGAAAGGCACUUUAUCAUUUGGGCUUCAUUUACAUGCUUCAUCACUUAG